AUGGCGAAAGAUACUAUCUAUCUAUCUAUUUAUCGAUCUAUCUAUCUAUCUAUCAAUCUCAUUCUCUGUUCAUAUCUACCUAUCUUUCUCAAUCUGUUCAUAUCUGUCUCCCUGCCUAUCUAUCUGUCUAUCUAUCUAUCUAUCUAUUAUCCCUUCCCCAUAGAAUAUGUAGCUUUCACCAAAAAAAGAAGGAAGUUCUGCACCAAUUCUUCUUCUUCUUCUUCUUCUUCUUCUUCUUCUUCUUCUUUGUUUUUUUCUAAUUUUACUUUUUCUUUUUUCUUUUUCUUUUCCUCUUUUUCUUUUCUUCCUUUUCUUCUUCCUCCUCUUCUAUUUCUACUUAUUUUCUUCUUUUUCUUCUUCUUUCUCUUCUUUCUUCUUCUUCUUCUUUUGAUUCUUCUUCCUCUUUUUCUUUUCUUCCUUUUCUUCUUCCUCCUCUACUUUUUAUUCUUCCACCUCUUCUUUUUCUCCUUCUUUUCUUCUUAUUUUUCUUUUUCCUUUUUUCUUUUCUUCUUUUUCCUCUUUUUCUUCUUCUUCCUUUUCUUCUUCCUCCUCUUCUUUUCCUACUUCUUUUCUUCUUCUUUUUCUUCCUCUUUUCUUCUUUUUCUUCUUUUUUCUUCUUCUCUUCUUCUUCUCCUUCCUUCGCUGACAUUCAUUUCCACAGCUUAA